GCCUGGCCGGGUCAGCAGUGUGUGACUGUCGGAAGCAACCGAGAAAUACACAACUGGCCCAGAAACCUUGGUCUCCUGCAGGUCAGAAUGCUUUGGCCGGCCAAGCUGUUUUAAGUCUCAUGACUAGGACAGAUUGUGUGUUUCUACCAUCCCUUGGCCUACAUUAAAUUGGGAAUGAAUGCAUCAAGUGUGGAUGUCUGGAACUUUUUAGGCACCUGUCUCUGAAUUCCUGAUUCCUGGCCAAAGGUCUCCUAGUUCAAGAGCUGGUGUUUGGUCCCUGAUAUUCACACAGCAAAAAUGUUUGCAAAACUAAAGAAGAAAAUUGCAGAAGAGACAGCUGUUGCCCAGAGGCCUGGAGGUACUACUAGGAUCCCACGGUCAGUGAGCAAGGAAUCGGUUGCCUCUAUGGGAGCUGACUCUGGAGAUGACUUUGCUUCCGAUGGAAGCAGCUCCAGAGAAGAUCUUUCAUCCCAGCUUUUGAGAAGAAAUGAACAGAUACGGAAAUUAGAAGCCAGGCUUUCUGACUAUGCUGAACAGGUCCGAAACUUGCAGAAGAUAAAAGAGAAGCUUGAAAUUGCGUUAGAAAAACACCAGGAUUCUUCCAUGCGGAAAUUUCAAGAGCAGAAUGAGACAUUCCAAGCCAGCAGAGCCAAAAUGGCAGAAGGACUGACUUUGGCAUUAGCCAGAAAGGACCAGGAAUGGUCAGAAAAGAUGGAGCAGCUUGAAAAGGAAAAAAGGCUUCUGACAGCUCAGUUACAGGAAAUGAAAAACCAGAGUUUGAAUCUUUUCCAAAAGAGAGAUGAAAUGGAUGAAUUAGAAGGAUUCCAGCAGCAGGAACUAAGUAAAGUAAAGCAUAUGCUAUUAAAAAAAGAAGAAACUCUGGGGAAAAUGGAACAAGAGUUGGAGGCACGAACCAUAGAACUGAGUCACACACAGGCAGAGUUGAUGACGUCCAAUCAGCAGUCUGUAGACUUAAGCCAGAAGCUUGAAGAAUUGCAGAGACACUGCUCAACGCUGGAAGAACAGAGAGACCACAUGACUGCUUCAAACAUAGGUGCGGAAAAUAAAAUCACGGCUCUGGAGCAAAAAGAACAAGAGCUACAAGCAUUUAUUCAGCAGCUUUCCACUGAUUUGCAAAAGAUCACUGCUGAAGCUCAGGAGAAAGAGCAACUCAUCACCCGUUUGCAAGAGAAAGUCUCAUCCUUGGAGAAGAGACUGGAGCAGAAUUUCUCAGGAGAAGAGCACGUGCAGGAGCUCCUGAGAGAGAAAUCAAUUGCUGAGCAGAAUUUGGAAGAUACCAGACAGCAACUCUCGGCAGCCAGAAGCAGCCAGACCAGGACCAUCAACCUCUUGGAGACAAGGGUGAAGGAGCUGGAACAGAAUCUGCAGGUAUCUGAGGAAAAGCUGAAGGAGAGCCGCGAGCUGGUAGCGACGCAAGAGGCUCAGAUCCUGGAACUGGCUAGCGCCCACCAGGAGAGCAGCCACGCACAGCAGCAGUUCCUGACUCUGGAGCGACAGUGCACCGAACGCACCCAGGCGCUGGAGGCCCAGCUCUCAGCCCUGAAGCGAGCACGGGAGGCUGAGCACACUGCCGCCGAGCAGGGCAUGAGAGAACUGGAGCAAGAAAAUGCAGCCCUUAGAGAAAGUAAAAAUGAAUGUGAACUUUCUUUUCACCAGCACCAACUUGAACUGAAGAAGCUAAAGGAAGAAUGGAGCCAGAAGGAACGGGUGAGCCUGGCCGUGGCCCAAGCCCUGGACGAGGUGCAGAAGCAGCGGGAAGAGCUCCAGCAGCAGGUGGCUCACCUGACCACUGUCAUCAGCGAGAAGGAGCAGAGUCUGUAUGAGAAGACAGAAGCAGUGCUCCGGAAGGAGCAGGAGCUCCAGCAGCUGCAGCAAGGUCACGAAGCGGUCCUGCUGCAGAUGCACCGGCUGCAGGGGGAACUGGAGGCGCUUCAGAGUUUGCGGGCAGAGGAGGUCCAGGAUGACCUGCUGGGGCUGCAGGCUCAGGAGCAGGGGGUGGCACCUCAGGGUACCUCGGAGGCCCUGCAGGAUCCAGUAGACCAGCUCCCAUCAGCAGCAGAAAUACCCAACGGUGAGCUGGGCAUCACGGACCUCGGGCAGCUGCAGCAGGAGAAGCGGGACUUGGAGCAACAACUCCUGGAAAAAAACAAGACCAUAAAGCAGAUGCAACAGAGGAUGCUGGAACUCCGAAAGACACUGCAGAAGGAGCUGAAAAUUCGACCUGACAACGAGCUCUUUGAAGUCCGGGAGAAGCCCGGACCCGAGAUGCCAAGCCUGGCUCCUGUCAUGACCAAUAAUGCUGACCUGACUGACUCCCGGGAGAUCAACUUCGAGUACCUGAAGCACGUGGUUUUAAAGUUCAUGUCCUGUCGCGAAUCUGAGGCAUUCCAGCUUAUAAAAGCCGUGUCGGUGUUGCUGAACUUUUCACAGGAGGAAGAGAGCAUGCUCAAGGAGACCCUGGAGUAUAAGAUGUCAUGGUUCGGGUCCAAGCCAGCUCCCAAGGGCAGCGUUCGGCCCUCCAUCUCCAGCCCUCGGAUCCCGUGGUCCUAGGGGAAGCAAGCCCAGGCAGGGGCUCCACGGACGGACACUUUUUCUGUGAAAAGAACACUGACACAAUAGGCAGGGUGGGUUUUUAAUCACUGUAACUGCAGUAUUUUGUACAAGCGUCUAAACAUUGUUUACAAGACUUGAGGCCCACUUCCCUGCAGGCUGGUAGAAACCUCAGGAGGUAGCGGAUCCUGUGUCAUUCUAAUCACCCAGCGGGGUCCUGCCACACCGCCCAUUUCCACUAUGCUGUUAAGAUGCCAGCGCUGGCUGGAGGGGGCCCUCGCACCCAAGCCUACUGACUUCUCAUGUUGGCAUUUAAAGCAGAAGCCAUCAGCGGCUGUCAGGAGGCACAGCUGCCAGGUAGUGCGACGCUGGGCAUGACACAACACAGCACAGCAGCCUUGGGAACCAAACCCAGCAGCCAGACCUGCUGCUGCCACAGAGAACCCGCUCAGCACAGGCAGCUUUUCUGAUCCCCUACCAGGGAGCAUGUUUGGCUUUCGAUGAGGUAAAAGAGGCUUCUUAACCCUUCCUGUCAAGAAAAUACUAUUUCACCUUAUCUCCCCAACCACCGAGAACCUUCAGUGUGUCUAUGGUGAAGGUUCUCUGGGGCCAGUGUGGAUUAACAAAUAUGCAACUCCGUGACAGAAGCCCAUUUUAUGGAAGGAAAGUAGCAGAUGUGUAAAAAUCGUAAUAGUACCAAAUACACUCAAUUGCCUUUUCACUGAAUGUACUUGUCUUGGAUAGGUUGCUGGUAAACCAUUUUAAACUAUUUUUUAUAGCUGAAGCUCUUCACUAUUAUAAACGUCUUCUGUAUUAUAAAACUAAAUGGUGUUCUUAAAGGAAAAUCAGAGCAUCAAGAGGAAAUGGAAAUUAUUUCUGAGAUGGGAAUGGCUGUGCCCCUUGUAAUUUUGCUGAAACUCUGUGGGAUUUCAUUUGCUUUGCUCUUAAUUCUGUGCUGUAACCCAGAGCAAAUGCUAAUCACACUCUCUGCUAUUCAGGACAGACUACUGUUCUUCCCCGCAGCCUUGGCCACAUUAGAGGCAGUCUCCCUUGAUCUGGACCCCCCUGCCUCAGCACUUCAGAUUACACUACAUUUAUAUAUGGCUGUAGAAAGUGGGAUUAUGGAGACAUAAUAUGUAUCCAUUAUUUUUAAGAUAAAGGAACAUGUUUGCCCUGGAUAAGUCACAGUAUCAAACCUAGAGAGAAACCAUUUACUGGUUUAUAUUUGAUACAAUUUUCACGGUUAAGAAAAACUGAAUUAGUAAUUGGAACUAAAUUUGUCAGUUUUCCCAUGAUAUAAGUGACAAUUCUCAAUGUGCUUAGGGCUCAGAUCUUUCUUUCAGUGACCUACCUCUUCCCGUGGUUCCUCCCUGCAGCAUAGUCCAGGUUCAGAAUACUAGUUUCCAUUCCCAUUUCCCUCAUGGGGUCAUGAACCAGGUGUUCUGUUCUGUUCUUUGGACAGAAAGGUGACUUUAUUUAUAAACUAGGACUUCCGCCUUCCAGGACAGACCCCCACGAGCUUCAGAAUUCAGGAGCUGGCAGAGCCGCAGCAGCACAGCACAGCUGUGGGAGCGCCAGCCACCGCCUCUGGCUCCUCCAGCCACUGAGCUGGUUUCAUACACUCCCACGUCCCUGGCAGUUCUCCGUGCUGUUUAGGGGCCCCCACUAAGAUUGUACUUGCUUAGGGAGGAGCCAUGCUGAUUAGGCUUUCUUCCCGCAUGGUGAAAUUCCUUCAGCUUUAAGAGGAAGCGUGAAAUAAAUAUACAAAGUGAUUGAAUGCACUUUUACUUGUACAAAUUGUUCUGUGACAGUAUAUAUAACUUGCCAUGGCGUCAGACCUUGAACUCCCACCCUGUUGUACAUAGCAAUUGUACUAUCUAAACCUGCUGUAGAAACUUCAUUUGUGGUGCAAUAACUUUUUGAUUAAAGCUCUUCAAUCCA